AUGACGGAGACGGAGGACGCAGCCGCUGUUGGGAAUGCUGCGGUGUCGUUGUAUGAUUUUUCGCGUCCGCCCUACCUCACCCAUGUGGCGGAUGAAUACGGGAAGGGAAAACCUGCAAAUAAUUUCCUUAAGGGCUGUAAAUGGGCUCCCGACGGUUCGUGUGUGCUGACCAACUCCUCCGAUUGUGUGCUGCGCAUUUUUAACGCUCCCGACUUAAGCUCUUUACCCGCGGAAGCCCAGCCAUGGACUUCGGCGUUGUGUGUGCGUGAAGUGGAUUUAGUGUAUGAUUAUGUGUGGUAUCCCAAGAUGAGCUCUCUCCACCCGGAAACGGCUUGUUUCAUCACGACGGCCAAGACCGCUCCUGUACAUUUAUGGGACGCUUUUACGGGUGCACUGCGCGCUAGUUAUAGGAAAGAUUAUGCUGAUGCGGUUAUUGCGGCGCAUAGUGUAGGCGUGGAUCCGAGCGGGGAAAUCAUUUAUGCCGGAUACAAGAAUACGCUGAGAUUAUUCGAUAUUUCUUGUCCAGGUGAUCAGUGUACAACCAUCGGAUUAAGCGCCAAACAAUCCCAACAAGGCGGUAUCAUCUCCAGCAUCGCCUUCGAUUCGAGCGGCGUGGAUCUCAUCGCUCUGGGCUCUUACAACCGCACCAUCGGGAUCUACAGCGCCGACUGCGAAGUCAUGAGCCUGCUGCAGUCCCACACCGGCGGCAUCACCCAGCUGACCUUCUCCAGGGACGGACGCCGGCUGUACAGCGGCGCCCGCAUGGAUCCGUCCAUCUUCUGCUGGGAUCUGCGGAUGGGGAAGGUGCUGCGAGAAUUUCGACGGAAUAUCAAUACCAAUCAGCGGGUGACGUUCGACAUGGAUCCCAGUGAGACGUUCCUGGUCUCUGGGAUGCAGAACGGCGUCCUGGGGGUGUGGGAGUUGCAGGGGGAGAAAGCCUGGACGUUUCCCGUGCAUGCUGAUAUGGUUAACGGGGUCAGCUGGCAUCCUGCCUGGCCGGUACUGGUCACGGCGUCCGGACAGCGGCAUCUGACGGAAAUGGACGAUGAUGACAGCGGGGAUGUUAUCGCUCAAGGAACGCAGGAUAAUACGCUCAAGUUGUGGUAUGUUGGUUGAGUGAGAGAAAGAAUGCCUUUUGCAUCAUUUGUGAGUGUGAAUAGCUGCAGUGAUAUGUAAGUGUUUGUUAAAAACAGUUUUACUGGUUUAUUGUUGCUGUGCGCAGUGCAGCUGUUUGUAUACUUAAUCCAAAGUGGUUGUAAACGAGUGUGAUGAAAUGUCUUCCCCUUGUUUUUGUGCAAGAUAUGGCGGGUGCUGCCUUUCAUCGAUUUAUUUUGCCUGAUGGCGUUAAAACUGGAUAUCUUGAA